ACCCUCAUGGGACUUGUAGUUCCGGAAUCGAGUUCGUCAGGAUUGGUCUGGGCCUCCCGAGGUCCUGCCCCCUAGGGCUGUACCCGAGAGGCCGAGGCUGGAUGUGACAGGGGAGCCGAGUGCCCAGCGGCCAGCUGGAUCCCGCCACGGACCCCGGACCUGCAGAGGCACGUUGGGGGCGGAGCUCUCCUCCCGUGGCCGCGGAGCGCGGUGGAGCCGCGCAGCUUGCUUGAGUGGCAGGCAGGGCUUAAUGCAGAGAUUCAUGACUGGCCAGUGCUGAGAAGAGAGUCAGCCCCCACUCACCCCUCCAAGGCCCCGGGAACAUCAUGGAAGAGGGAAUGGGAAGAAUGUAAGAGCCAGAGCUGUGGAACGCCGUCUUCUGGAUAUGACAUGGCUGGAGCAGUCAUGGGCACUCAGCUUACCUGCAUGGGAUUGCAGCCAUCACCACCAUGACAUCGCACACCUCCCUGAGGAGCCACUCGCAGUCUGGUUUCUCGGGCAGGGGAAGGCGUUUUCUUCAGAGGUAUAGCCACUGGGAAGUUUGCUUGUGUUCUGGUGAAUAACAACCUGCCCAUGCUCAAGCAAGUAACCAUAAUUAAGUGACCUGAGGGAAGAUGGGAAAGGGCUGUAAGGUUGUCGUUUGUGGGUUGUUGUCUGUGGGGAAGACGGCAAUCCUGGAGCAACUCCUCUAUGGGAAUCAUACUAUUGGGAUGGAAGACUGUGAAACAAUGGAAGACGUGUACAUGGCUUCGGUGGAGACUGACCGAGGAGUGAAAGAACAGCUCCACCUGUACGACACCAGAGGCCUGCAGGAAGGUGUGGAGCUGCCCAAGCACUACUUUUCAUUUGCUGACGGUUUUGUCCUUGUGUACAGUGUGAAUAACCUGGAGUCUUUUCAAAGAGUGGAGCUGCUGAAGAAAGAAAUCGACAAGUUCAAAGACAAAAAAGAGGUAGCAAUCGUUGUUCUAGGCAACAAACUGGACCUUUCGGAGCAGAGACAAGUGGACGCUGAGGUGGCACAGCAGUGGGCAAGAAGUGAGAAAGUGAGGCUGUGGGAAGUGACGGUAACUGACCGGAGAACCCUGAUUGAGCCCUUCACUCUACUAGCCAGUAAGCUUUCCCAGCCCCAGAGCAAGUCCAGCUUCCCCUUGCCUGGGAGGAAGAACAAGGGGAACUCCAGCUCAGAGAACUAACCCAAUGGCUUGUUGAACAGCUGUUGUCUUUGAGUGUAAGUGAUGUCAGUGAACAUGGUGGGAAGUUCAUUCUGACAUCGGCCCUCUGUGUACAUGUGGCCCUUAGGGAGGAGUGCCUAAGAAGUCACUUAAUGCACUUUAGGUUAUGAUUAACGUAUUAUUACCUGACAUGAAAAUAUACUGUCAUUAUUUGAAACCUAAUCCUGAAAUCCACACCUGUGUUAUUUAUGCUGCAUUUGUCAUUAAAAAAGUGCUGUGUACAUGUGGCCCUUAGGGAGGAGUGCCUAAGAAGUCACUUAAUGCACUUUAGGUUAUGAUUAACGUAUUAUUACCUGACAUGAAAAUAUACUGUCAUUAUUUGAAACCUAAUCCUGAAAUCCACACCUGUGUUAUUUAUGCUGCAUUUGUCAUUAAAAAAGCAAAAUAAAAUUUGGAUAUUAUACAAA